AUGUCAAUGUCCAAAUUAAAAUAAAGGCGGAUAUAAAAAUAAGUAAUGAAAAGAUUUGUGUCAAAAUUGGAAUAAAAGAGAUUAUUAUAAAAGAUAUUUGUAAAAACAAUUGGAAUAAAAGCGGAUAUUAGAAAUGGUAAAAAGUUGCGACUUGAGCCAUAUGUUAUGGAACAUCCAGGAAAGGGGACAUGGAAAAUGUAUAGCAAGCAGGAAAUCAUCGAAUCUGAAUUAGAAAACUGAGUAUUCAGAUAGAAACAAACUAUAAAACAUACUAACAUAUGUAUGUAUGAAGUAUACAUGCAUCGCGAGACAGCAAAAGGAAUAAACUGUGAAGGAAAAUAGAGAUAUUUCAAUCACCAGAAGUAGUGUCAAUGCUUAAUCGCACGCAUCAAUCAAGACAAGCGCUCAUAGCUCUGACAUUGGAAAUACGAGCUUACACUGGCAAGUGUGAAACUCUGUACCAUAUGUACCCGCUCUUUAUGUCAUACGUCACUAUAAUGCUUUCGUUUAUGGUCAUAUUGAUAGUGUGCAGCCGUUUGGAAUAAAUGCGCUUAAGUUUUCUCUAAAACGGAUAUACUCAUGAGUACUCAUAUUUAAUGCGGAAACAUUAAUCACGUACUCAUAGCAUAUUCUGCUUCGUUAGCAUUAGUUAACAAAUUGUUUUAUUCAACUCGAAAUAACAAAUAUAAUAAUUGAACGUAAAACGCAGGACGCUUAGUAAAAUCAACACAAAUUUGAUACAUAAACAUUAAUACAUAUGCAGGAUGGGGGCGAAUUCGUCGAGCAGAUCGGAUGCAAAUCUGCUCAGCGAUGAAGAUGUCAAUUUUGACCAUUUUCAAAUAUUGCGGGCUAUUGGCAAAGGCAGCUUUGGUAAGGUGUGCAUCGUACAGAAACGUGAUAGUGGCAUACUCUAUGCCAUGAAAUAUGUCAGUCGGUCGGCGUGUGAGUCGCGUGGUGCUCUGGGUGGCGUUAUCAAAGAAGUGGAAUUGCUUGCCUCGCUGGAACACCCAUUUCUGGUGAAUCUGUGGUUUUCAUUUCAAGAUGAGGAAGAUUUAUUUAUGGUUUGUGAUUUGCUGACUGGUGGUGAUUUAAGGUAUCAUCUACAGAAUCGGGUGGAAUUUAGCGAAGAAAGUGUUGCCUUAUUAGUGUGUGAGUUGGGGAGUGCUUUAGAAUACUUGCAGAAGCAAAGGGUGGUGCAUAGGGAUAUCAAGCCAGAUAACAUUCUUUUGGAUGGUACUGGUCACGCACAUUUGACUGAUUUUAACAUAGCUACGAGACUGCAAAAGGACGGACUUGCAUGCAGCAUGUCUGGAACCAAACCGUACAUGGCGCCAGAGGUCUUCAUGUGUGCAUUAGAGGAAAUAGCGGGUUACAGUUUUUCCGUCGACUGGUGGUCCCUCGGUGUAGUUGCUUACGAAAUGCGAGCCAAUGCGCGACCCUUUAUCGUGCAUUCGCAUACAGGAUUGGCGGAGGUAAAACAUGUAUUAACCGCACCGGUGCACUAUCCACGUUAUUGGAGUCAUGAUUUCAUCGAUUUGCUGACGAAACUACUCUGCGUGCAUCCGGGCGCACGUAUUAGCUCUCAGCAGGAGAUACAACAAACGCCACUCCUACGACACAUGGACUUCAAAAGUAUACUCGAGAAAAAAACGAAACCACCAUUCAAGCCACCGGAGGAUCACCUAAAUUGUGAUCCCUGUUUAGAGCUAGAGGAAAUGAUUGUCGAAACGCGACCGUUACAUAAGAAAAAGAAACGUUUAGCCAAACAGCGCUCAGCACAACGCGACAGCGAUCCCGAAACCGUGCUAAUCAAAGAGUUUAUCGUCUACAAUCGGUACAAAGAACUGAAACGAAAGGCUAUGGAAAAGAAAGAAAACGAUUGGCAACGUGAGCUCGAACACGCUAUGGCCAAUUCAAUCGUGACUAGUUUAGCACCAAUUCAAGAGAAGCCGACGUCAAUGCAUUUUAGUGGUGAUGACGAUAAGGACGAGAUUGUCGGUGUGUCUAUGACGACGACCAAUGGAAAUGUUACCGGGAGCCACUCCGUAACCCUGCAAACCAAUUCAUCUAUGCCCAUAACUACAACAACAAAUAAUUUAAAUAGCAACACGCUUUCCACACCAAAUACAAGUACAACCAUUCUGAGUGGAGCCACAGCGUUGCCACCGCUUUGUACGAAAUGCCAACAUCAUAGUACCAUUAUGGGAAUAGUUUCGUCGCAGCAGACUAAAAUUCAACUUCCAUCUAACACAAAGGACAGUGAAAAUAUUGAAUUUAUCGACCGUACACCUUCACCAUCGACAUCAAACGCCAUUACGUUACGAACGCCAGUGGCGGCAAGAAAAGCUGACACAAUCGCAAAAGUGAAUAUGCUGUAGAUGAGCUGUUGCAGCGAAUCAACUAGGGAAUAAUCGAAAUAAAUGCGAAAACAUAUUUAUAUGUAGAAUAAUGAACUUGAUCGAAUAAAGUAAUUGAACAUUUAAAUGUAAUUGAAAAUAUGAGUAUAAAAUGGAAGUCUACUUUUGAAAUGGAAGCAGUUUGAGUUAAAUUUCAACAAUAUCCAUGUACAUUCUCGAAUACAAUGCAUGCAAUUAAGCUCGGCUUAUGUUGAAACUUUGCGCAGUCUCGUAAUUAUGUAAAGCAUACAUCGAUCAUAUUAAUCCGGCGGAAGAAAUAUAUGAAAUAAACAUCAGCAUUUUUUGGUUAAAUAUAUUAUGUAUUCUUAAAUCGUCUAAAACCUGUAAUAGGCUGAAGAUCCAAGAAAACCCAGAAAAUCAGCUGAUCGAUAGGAAACUCAUUGAAAUUUUACUAAACCGUUAUGAUUUUUAUGGUGUGGUGUGCAGAUCUUCGAUUGAAAGCACAAUAUAUAAAAACAAAAUUAUGCUGUUCGUGAAGGGUGAAAAACACUGCUGACUUAAUUAACAUACGUAAUUAAAUUUAUAUAUAUGAAACACGAAUAUUAGUCGAAGCACAGAGCAACAUUUAAUGGUUUUCAUGAGUACUCAGCUCUCGAAACGGAAAAGAACCAAACAUUUUGUAGUUUUUAUUCUUUUUUUUGUUAUAAAAAAUGUAAAAAGAACAUUUGAGUUAAAAGAUAUUUAAGUUAGUUAAGUUUAAGUAAGAUAUUGAUCGGUUAGUUUUUAAUUGUAAAAUCGGAACCAGAGUUAAAAAUUGAUAAAAACAUAAAUAUGUAGUUUCACUGUGUAAGUUUGCCGAUCCCUGCUCUAGAGUAUUAAUUAUUAUUAGCUCUCUUUCAAAAUAGUACACGAAGUAUGGAUGCGCCAAAAACAGAAAAAUUAAUAUUUUUUUAACUAUAAAAUUUAUUGGUAUUUGAUAAUAGAUGUAUCUACAAAAAUUAUUUUUAAUUAAGAUACAAUAUUACAAAUAAAAAAAAAAUUCAUUUAAAUGUUAUUCUAACUUUUUUAAUAAAUUAUUGGCAACCUUAAUUGCAAGGGAAUUGAAAGUUAUUAAAAUUUCAGGUUAUAAGGGAAGAACAAUUAAACUUCAGCUUUAAGAUUUCAAUUUUAAACAGAGAAACAUUUUAAACAACAAAACACGAAGAAUUUCACAUACUACAAAAAAAAAAAAAAAAACUAUAGUGUAUUGAAAACUAUUUUUAUAAAUAAAAAAACAUUUGAGAAAUUCAUUCUUAAUAAACAUUCAAUUAUAAAUAAUGGCAUAAUAAUUUAAAAAAAUACUAAAAUUUAUUGAAGCAUUUUGCAUUUCAAUUUAAUUCUCAACGUCUGUAAUGUAUCUAUAUACAUAUAGGAUGUACAUACAUAUAUAACGCAAAAUAGAUUUUUAACGGUUCAAAAAGCAUUUAGCAUAUAUGUGUUAAUAUUUAAUACUUAAACUAAGUAACUUUCACAGUGAUUUGAAAAUCAAUUAACUUGUAGACCAAACAAAACCAAAGAAUGUAAUUUUAAGCCCCCCACUAACUUAAUAAUAAUUAUUUUUUCGAUAUGGGAACCUAUAGUUUAAGAAGAACAAUAAAUAAUAACGGAAUCUGAAGACAGAUGAGAAAACUGAAUAUUCAAUGUCAAUAAAA